GGCCCCUUCAGCCCCACUUCGGGCGCAGAAUUCAUUUAGUUGAUCCUCAGAAUUCCAUUGGAGAUCAUUUAAAAAUGGUGAAAAUAUGGUUUAUGGACAAUGAAGAGACCGACCAGCGUCUGGAGCACCACCGCAAUCCCCCACAGUACCUGGAGCUGGCCGAUCUCUACCGGAAAACCGGCGUGGAAUACUUCAAAAUCAAUGCGGACGACUACCAAAAUGAUAAGAUUCUUUCGGAGCUGCGAGCCAAACGGGGUUAUACCUACGAUGAUGAGAUUACUUGCUCGGAAAAGUGCCUGCCGGACUAUGCCAAUAAGCUGAAGGCAUUUUUCACCGAACACCUGCACACCGAUGAGGAAAUUCGACUCAUCUUGGAAGGAACCGGAUACUUUGAUGUGCGCGAUGACGAAGAAAACUGGCUGCGUAUCGAGGUGGUCAAAGGAGACUUGAUUAUCAUUCCUGCUGGUAUUUACCAUCGUUUCAGCCUGGACAUGAACAACUUUAUCCGCACUCGUCGCUACUUCGUUGGGGAGCCUGUCUGGACCGCCCACAAUCGUCCUGCCGAUGAAAUGGAUUGCCGCAAAUCCUAUGUCAAACAUCAGGCUGAAAACUUUGUGCAAUUUAACAAGGCUUAAAUAU